AUGCAGAGUCCGCGCGUACGGCGCUACUCGGAGCCAACGACCCGAUCGCGCCACCUCUUGGAGCCUGUCGUCGCCCUCGCGCGCAAGUCGUUUCCGUGGAUGAGCGCGACGGGCCGCAUACCGACGCCGCUCCCGUGGUCCCCGGACGACGACAUGGACGGUGAGGACGAAGAAGAAAAAGAGCAAGACGCGCCCGGUGGUUGCGUCCGGUCCAGUGACGCCGACGCGUGGCGCCGGGUCGUGGAUAUCGAGGCCGAGUGCCGCGUGACGCUGACGGCGUGUCUGUCGGUGCGAGAGAUCAAUUUGCGCCAGCACACGCUGCUCUCGACGCGCCUCGCCGACUACGCGGCGCUUCUCCAGCGCUACAAGCAAGCGGCGGCCGCGCACGCGCAGUGGACCACGAUCACCGCCAUGGUCCAGAACGAGCUGCCGCGCUGCUUGGACCAAGUGGCCGUCAACCUCAAUGACAACGACGGCAAGGUGCUCGCUCUCCAGCGCCAACUGAUGCAGCUCUCCCGCCAGCGCGAGACCCUCGAAGAGCGGCUUCUGCACCAUACGUCGCGGGUAACGACGGCCGUUCAAAGCGCUUAA